ACAUGUCACAUGCAUUGAGAAUUGUAAUUGUAAGGUUAUAAAUUUCAACUUAGAAAUUAUAAUUAAAGAUUUUACGUUAUGUGUACAUGAAUUUAAUUACUUAAGGUUUUAAUGGAAUCAUCGGAUGACUUUGCUUGGACGGACACUUCCGAGGACUCGACAAUCAUGAAAGAAAACGGUGAUGAUGGUGAUUCUGAAUCAGGAUACAGCUAUAAGCAAAAACUUCAAAAGAAACUGUUCAAUAAUCAAGAAAUUUCUAACCAAUAUGACAAUGAACAGAAAAAAUCAAAGAAACGGAAGCAUAGUGAGUUAGAGAGCAAUAAUGUGGAGGAACCUAAAACAAAACAAAUAAAAACCGAACCAGAAAGCGAUUUAGAUAUAAAACCGAAAAAGAAGAAAUCUAAAACAUCAAUUUCUGAAAGUGUUCUACCUGAUGAAGAAUUUUUAAAUUUAAAAGUAAAAGAGGAGCAAAUGUCCACAGAAUGGAAAUCGCCAAAGCCUAAAAAGAAGAAAAAACGUAGAACAAAUUCGGAAAGCGCAGAUUAUUCCAGCUUCAGUGAAUCUCAAUCACAAGGGAUUGAUAAUUCACAAUGUGAAAAUGAUAUAGAUGUACAUCUAGAACUUAGCCAAGAAAAUGAUUAUUCUAAUCUCAAAGAAGAACCAGAGGAUAAUGAGAAGGUUAAAAAUAAAAAGAAGUCAAAAAAGAAAAAAGAGAAAGAAACUAUUGAUGACACAAUAAUAGAAGACAAGUUUAGUGCAGAAGAAACUUUAGUGGAAGAAAGAAUAUCCAAUGUUCAUGAAUCAGAGAGUAUCAUAGAAGAAAAAGUACAAAAAGAAAGGAAUACUGAUGAAAGUAUAGAUGAAAGUGAAGGUACAUAUAAUACAAAACAAAGUUUAUCCGAAAAUCAAGAUAAUACAAAUCACAUAGAAUCAAGUCAAGAUAAAAAAAGGAAAAACAAAAAGGAAAGAAAUAGUUUAUUUGAUAAAUUAGCCCCCACUGAUGAAAUCAUAAGCGCUAAUGGUAGUAUCACCCCUUUAAAACCGUUGAGAAAAAUUACUGACAGAAUAAGAUUUGAAGAGGACACUCUUGAUUCAAGUCAUGACGAAGAAGAAGUAAAAAGUGUAAAACAUUCAGCAGCACUAAAAAAAUAUCUGAAAAGAAAUGCUCAUCUAAAUCAAAUCACAGUGAAUCAAAACAGUAGUGCUGUUAUUACAGAUGAGGAUGAAGUUUGGGUGCUGAAAUGCCCCAGUGAAGUUGACAUCAAUAGUCUAAAAGACACAAGUUUAGUAUUAGACACUAAAUGUAAACUUAAGGCGAACAGUCAAACCUAUGUUGGUUUUAUCGAAAACUAUACUGCUCAAAUCGCCCUCUUGACAUUAGAUCAGAAUAAACCGAUCAUAAAAAAUGUACCACUUUCUGGUAUGAUACGGUUUUCCAAAAGAAUUCCGAAGGCUCAUUACGUUGAAGAUAAUAAUAUAGUCAACAGUCAAACAAGUUUCAUACCUUUACCUGACACAAAGUCCCGUCAUCCUUUAUUUGGUGUUAAUUACAGAAGUGCAAUAAAGAUACCGAAACACAUAUCAAACCGUCUCAAAGGUUUAGAAACUCAAUUGAUAUCAGAAGAUAAUGAAAAGAGAAAAAAGAAGAAGAAGAAGCAUAAAAAAGAGGUUAAUACGUCAGAUAAUGAACUACAUAUGAAACCGGAACCAGAACCAGAGCCCAUUGUUCAUAAGAAAAGAAAACGCAAACAUUCUCACAAUGAUGACAUAUCACCAAAGGUAUCUAAACGGUUGAAACACGACCCUGACUCCGCUGAGGCUUGGGAUUCAGAAAAAGCAAUUGAACAACAACUAUUUAAUUUUUAAGUAACUACAUAAGUUUAUGUAGAAUCAACAAUAAUGAAUUUAGCAUAAUUAUAUUUUAUUACUCUUUGUUUUAUUGUUUUUAUAAACUACGAGCU